CUUGUGGUUUCGGAAGAGGAAACGAACUAAAUUAUGUUCCCGGAACCCUGCGCCCGUAGAUUUAUCGAUUUCCAUCGGUGAAUCUACUGUCGCUACGAUCGUCGCUCAGUUCCUCGCUUGGAUAAGACGGCGACGACCCCAAGUCGGUUUUCUGGUUUCGAUCGGAACUCGAAGCAAUUCAAGUAGGUCUGAAGUUAAAUUCAAAAUCAUGGAAGGAGCACGGAUUCCUCUAAAGGGAUGGCAACAAGCAGCAGUUGCUCUUGGUUCAGCUCUUGGUGCCUUGAUGGAUCCUAGAAGAGCAGAUUUGAUAGCUGCGCUAGGUGAGACCACUGGGAAGCCAGCUUUUCAGCGGGUACUUGAGCGGAUGAGGAAUAGAAGCGAAGGCAGAGAAGUUCUUCUAGAGCGUCCACGUGUAAUAUCUGCCGAAGUGUCACAUGCCUGGGAUUUGCCAGAAAGCACAUUCGGUUCCGCUUAUGCAAGAUUCAUGGGAACACGAAACUUCUCUCCGGAUGACCGUCCACCAGUCCGAUUCAUGGACACAGAUGAACUGGCGUAUGUGGCCACACGUGCUCGUGAGGUGCAUGACUUCUGGCAUGUCCUGUUUGGCCUUCCGACAAACCUGAUAGGUGAGUCUGCUCUUAAAGUGAUUGAAUUUCAGCAAAUGUUUCUUCCUAUGUGUGCACUGUCAGUUGUUGGAGGUUCAGCGAGGUUUAGCGAAAAGCAAAGGGCUCUCUUCUUCCAGCAUUACUUUCCAUGGGCUCUUAGGGCAGGUAUGGCAUCCACGGAUCUUAUGUGUGUGUACUAUGAGAAACAUUUUCACGAGGACUUGGAGGAUGUGCGGAAGAAAUGGGGUAUAAUUCGUUGCCCUGAUCCUAAAGGGAAAAGCUGAAUUCGUAUUUGGUUAUUUUUCACUGGUGCUCAGGAAAGAUUUCCCUUGCAUCCCUGUUGGAAAAAACAAUAAAAUAAAUAAAAAAGAUUUCACCAAUUGGGAUUAUUCU